CGAAGGUGCGUUUGGGACCGUGGCCGCGGCCGCUCACAGUCUGCUGGAUUAGGCGCUGGUCCCGACAUCGAGAGAGCGGCGAUCCGUCUCUCGACUCUCGACUCUCGACAGCCUUUCGCGAUCUCUCUGAGAGUCUCCCUCUCCCCUCCCGUACUCCGGCCCGCGGCCCUCUCCCGGUCCGUUUCCGCCAUCCUGGCUUCCAGGCUAGCUGGCCGUGCGCGCUCAGUCUGGCGUCGAGUGGACAAUCGAAAGGUCGAAGGAUCCGGUCCGCCACGUCUCCGAGGACAGGUAAGUGGCCAGUCUCACCGUUGCGAACCUCGACUCCCUCCGCCUUGCUGCCACCCCCUCGCGGUACGUCUCUGUCCCCGCUGGCGCACAUCGACUAUAUGCGCCCCGCCCCUCGCGCACCACAAUGACCACCUUGCCGUUCGCGCCCUCUCGAGAACAUACCCGCAUCGUGUACCGUCUCUUCGGCGCAUGCCCUGUCGAUGCGUCGCAGCAGCAGCGCGAGAUCCGCGAUCGGCGCGCGCCCCCGCGUACCUCGCCCGAGUGCUCGCUCCUGCACAGCCGCAGUGGUACUGUGUUGUCUCCGCGGCCCCGCGUCCGAAGACGCCCGCGGACCGCACCCACGCACGAGCAGCAACCGACGCCCCGUUGCCAGCCUCUUCCGCCCAGCUCCUCCUCGCGGUGGGCGUGGGAUCUUCGUGCGGCCGAUGCGCCGGACGCCGCGUGAGCUGCGGGAACGAGACGCCGAACCAUUCACGGCUCGCCCGUCGUGCGAAGGGAGGGCGCGUACGAGCGUUGUGGCGGGAUGCGCGCGACCGUCGGUGAGCGGCAGGGGCCUGCGUGAUGAGGCGCGGCCGUGCACAUGUCCCGCGCGGGUGGGAUUAUGCACACAACGUGAGCAUGCGAAAAUGGUGUGUCGGCAGUACCAUGUCAGAGUGUCCUAUGUCCUGUGAGUAUGCCAUUACACCCACUGUGGAAAU